AGCACGCUGAGACAAAGACGCGCACGAAAACUGAACGGAAAAACGGAAAAGGCAAAGACGGAUGAAGCAGCGCAAAAGGGGAAGCCAAAGCAGGCGCUAAAUAUUUUCAAAAUAUAUAUAUUUAAAAACUUUGCGCUUCGCUUCGGUAAUAUUUGUAUGCAAAUCUAAUCAGAGUGUGCCUGUGUGUGUAAUUGUUAUAAAUCAAAACGCGAGCAACAACAACAACAGCAACAACAAAAGCAGCUUAGCCCGAAAUGUAAAAACCCACAAUAAAGUAACAGAAUCAAUUCAGGAUCCACUACAACAACAACAGCAAAAACCACUGUCGCGUCUCCAAAUGAAACAAUAAUUGAAUAAUUGAAUUACGCAAAUAACUAAGAAGAAAAAAAGCAAAGAAAAAGGCGAAUAACGAGUAAAAAGUAAAAGUAAAAAAGUAAAAAGUUUAAAACAAAUUCGUAAAGCCGUGUACUGAGUAAGCCAGUCAGCGCUUAAAGUACCAUAUAUAGUUGUUCUUAUCUAUACCCACACUCAAUUAAUUGCAGCUGAAUGCACGACUCCUUGCAGAAAGAAGGAUCGUAAAUAGAGUCUAUCAAUAUAUGUGCAUAUGCAUAUAUAGCGACGUUCACGAACUGUAUCUGUCACUGUCACUGAGAGCGAUCGAUAGCUGUACCUCCAUGUGUGUGCAUGAGUGGCAGCAUCAGUAGCGCACCCAAGGACCAAGGACCUCAUCCACAUAGCCCAUCAAUCUCUCAGAUGCCAGUAACGGAAUCCCCCCGAUAAAGGCAUCGCAUCGCAUCGAAUCGAAUCGAACUGCAUCGCAUCCAUUGGACAAGGACGAGGACGAGAACGCGGACUAGGACUAAAGGACAGUGACUGACGCAUCCUGCGCUCGUUUGAUCGUUCGUUCGCUCGCUCGCUCGCUCUAUCGCUCUUUCGCUCGCACGCACCAAAAAAACCAAACAGAUAUACCAGAAACAAUACCAAGCAAGCCAGAAACCAAAUAAUACCAAGCUAAACAGACGCCUCAUUACCAAACAUCGAACGUUUCGUUGUCGUUUAACCAAAAAAAUAAGCAAAAAAAACCAGAAGCAAAUCAAUCCAAUUCAAUCAAAUCCAAGCCAAGCCAAUCCAAUCCAAAAUCCAAACAAUUCAAAUCAAACCGUAUCCACGAGACAUAGAAACUGAACAGUAAACAGUAAUCAGUAAGCAGUAAGCAGUAAGAUCAACAGUAACAGAAAACCCAAAGCAAAAAGCUAAAGCAAUCAUCAGUCAAAGUCGAUAACCAAAACCAGCAACAUUCAGUUAAAAAUGGCCGAAGACGCUACCAUGGAGACAUGUCCAAGUCCUGAAAUCGGCGACUCACGCAAAAGGCCACUCGAUUCCGAUCCGGAAAAUGAACAAACUAAACGCUCACAUUUCAGUUCCGGUGAGUCAGUUUGUUCUGGAAUUGAGGUUGAAAUUGAAAAUAAUAACAAUAAUCAUAUUCAUCAUGGCGAGACAACGUAUCACAUGAAAAUACUGGUGCCCGCGGUGGCCUCCGGGGCCAUCAUCGGCAAAGGUGGCGAGACGAUCGCCUCCCUGCAGAAGGACACGGGUGCUAGGGUCAAGAUGUCCAAGUCGCACGACUUCUACCCAGGCACCACCGAACGCGUGUGCCUGAUCACCGGCUCCACGGAGGCCAUCAUGGUCGUGCUGGAGUUCAUCAUGGACAAGAUCCGCGAGAAGCCCGACCUGACCAACAAGAUCGUCGAUGCCGAGUCAAAACAGACACAGGAGCGCGACAAGCAGGUCAAGAUCCUGGUGCCCAACUCCACUGCCGGCAUGAUCAUUGGCAAGGGCGGUGCCUUCAUUAAACAGAUCAAGGAGGAGAGCGGCUCCUAUGUCCAGAUCUCGCAGAAGCCCAAGGAUGUGUCGCUGCAGGAGCGCUGCAUCACCAUCAUUGGCGACAAGGAGAACAAUAAGAACGCCUGCAAGAUGAUCCUCUCGAAGAUCGUCGAAGAUCCCCAAUCGGGCACCUGCCUGAACGUCUCCUACGCGGACGUCAGCGGCCCGGUGGCCAACUUUAAUCCGACCGGCUCCCCGUACGCCACCAAUCAGAAUGCCAUCAACUCGAGCACCGCCUCGUUGAACUCCACGUUGGGCACCACGAUCGGCGGUGCGAACUCGGCGGCCAGCCUGCUAGUCAACGGCACCGGCAUCAACUUGUCCAUCAAUCUGGGCUCACCCAAUCCGGCGCCCAAUCUAGCGGUUGCCACCCAGCUGCUCGAGCACAUUAAGGUUGCCAUGCGCGGCUCUGGCUACUCGGAGACCGUAACGAACGAAGUCGUCGCCGCACUGGGCGUGCUGGCCAAGUACGGUGUCCUUGGAAUGGGCGUGGGCGUGUCGCACACCAACGGCGCCCACUCGACGCUGGGCAACUUCCUGGGCGUAACGACGCUGGACCAGCAGACUGCGGCCGCCGCAUCCGCGGCCAACGCCAGCAAUGUGUUCGGUGCCGUCGGCCAGGUGAAUCUGGAGCAAUAUGCCGCUGCGGCGGCCGCUGCAGCUGCCGCCAGUCGGCCGACGCAGUCGCAACUGGACGCUGCCGCAGUGCAAUUCGAUCCAUUCCGCCAUUUGGGCUCGGCCACGGCGCCGGGCGCCACGCCCGUCUCGCUGAACAACAAUAGCUUUGGGCUGACGGCAGCCACGGGAACGGCGACCACGGCGCAGCUGGGCGGUCUAAGCAAGAGCCCCACACCGGGCGACCUUAGCUCCAAGGACUCGAAGAACGUCGAGGUGCCGGAAGUGAUUAUCGGCGCAAUUCUAGGUCCGAACGGUCGUAGUUUAGUUGAAAUUCAACAUGUUUCUGGCGCAAAUGUGCAAAUUUCCAAAAAGGGCAUAUUCGCACCUGGCACUAGAAAUCGCAUUGUAACCAUAACUGGUCAGCCGAGUGCCAUUGCCAAAGCGCAAUAUCUAAUUGAACAGAAAAUCAACGAGGAGGAGACAAAGAGGGCGCGACAAAUUCCAUUAACCACUGUUGUGAAUUAAAAUAAAAAAAAAACAAACAAAAAACAAAACAAUAACUAAUAUCCGAGUAAAGCAACAAACCAGCAAUCUUAACAGAACAUCAAACAAACAGGCAAACAGCAAAGCAACAACAAACAAACUACCCCUUACCCCCGACGAUUUUCCUCUUAAACUUGUUAAUUUCUUUGUAAAACGAGAGGGAAAUUUAUAAACUAACACUAAACUAAAAUGAAAUGAAAUCAAAUUAAAUGAAAAGAGAAGAGAAGAGAUUACAAAAAGGAAACACCAAUUGUUAUGCUUGCAGCGCAGAGUUAAGCAGUUAAAGUCGAAAAUAAUAAUAAUAAUUAUGUAUUGCAAAAAUCCAGACAUUUUUUUUUUAAGUAAACAGUUCCAAGGCCUUCACCUCAAGCGAUUUGCUUUAACUAACGCCCCUUAAGAAAGUGAAAAACGAGACGAGAGAAGUAGUAAACAAAAUCUGUAAAAAUACUAUAUAUGUACUACCUUCUCAGCUAUACAAUGUUGCAUUUGUUUGUCACGAUCGUAAAACGUAAAAACGUUAAAAUCGAAAACAAGUUUUAUUGCCAAUUGCCAGUUAGACACACAACUAGUUGCGAAAGAAGAGCGUUUGGGUUUUUGGUUUGUUUGUGAUGCGUAUGUUUGCGUUGCGUGUUUUGUUUUUGGUACUCCCAACCAAGCUAUACGAUACGAUACAUGGGGCAUAUAUACAUAUGUAUAUGUACACAGUUGUUGAGUCUUGUUUAUAUAUAUAUUAUCUACACACAUAUGCCCAUACAUAUAUAUAUAUACAUAUGCCACCACCCACUUACACACUUACACACCGCCCCCAAACCCCAAACACACCUAAUUAUUAGCAUUAUGUUGAGCUAAACGAAAAUCAAAUGUAAUAAUGAGCGAGCGUUUUCAGUGAAAACUUCAGGUGAUUCUUACCCUCGAAAUAAGGUAAAUAUUUUACUACACUUCCCUCCCGCAAAAAAAAAGAAACUUCCACAGACAAAAACACUUGCUAUAGCUGCUAUACACUGCAACUGCAAACAGGCUAGUGAAACAUACAAUUUCAAAGAGUUAAGCAAAAAUAUGAGUGACUUUGUUGACCUUUUCGUUAUUUCGUGAUUUCGUUAAAGUUUUCUGUUCCAUCUGUUCUCUGUUGUUGCCCCACUCCCUCUAAUUGCUUAUCGCUGUUAAUAUAAAAUAUAUAUCUCUAUAUAUAUACUAUCCACCUACGAUUCUGCAGCCUGACCUCUGUAUAUGAACACUUUCGGAACGCUACAGUUGAUGUUGAUCUUGAUCAUGAUAAUGUUGUUUAGUUUUAGAUACAAUCCGAUCCGAUUCAAUUCGAUCGGAUCGAGUGGUGUUAAUGUGUUGCGCGCGCACGUGAGUCUCCUUUUGGUUAUGAUUUUGUGCUCCCGAUUUGUUACUCCUUAUAACUUUUGUUUUAUGUAUACAUAUUAUUUAUGAAAAAAAAAAAUACACACACAUUGCGAUUUGUUAGUUGCCAGUCUGAGAACUGCACUUCUUACCUUUUCUCCAUUUUUUUUCUUGUCAUUUUGCGUUUGUUAACCACUAUUUUUGGUAAAUUUAGCACAUUUGUUUCUCACAUUCUAAUUUUAAGUCUUACAUUUUCUCUCACCUAAUGCAUCACAAAUAUCUUAAAGACAAACAAAACAAAAAAAAAAAUACGAAAACAACAUGAAAAAACCUUAGCAAAACAAUUAUUUCUUUGUAAAAUAUUCGCAUUAAAGCAUUCAUUUAGGGGUUUCUUCAUACGUCAAAACCAACAAUCCACCAAACAAUUUCCCUUAUUAAUUUUAAGUAUUGUGCAAUUAUUAAACAUUGUUUCAACGAACAUUUCAUAACGAUUAUAUGUACAUAUCUAUCUAGAAACGCAGUGUAAAGACAAAAGAUGUUAACAUCACAUUUAAACAAACAAAAAUUCCCUGUUCAUAUACACACAAAAUACACAAGGAUAAAAGUACCCAUACGAACACCACUCACCUACAGAGAGAGAAAUGCCUUACUUGUAAUGAAAUUUUUCUUAUUUACUUUAUUCCUUACACAUAUAAUUUAGUUUAACACAUUUCUUUUCGAUAAAUAAAACGAAGAUGAAACGAAAUUUAAAUAAAAUUUGACUACAAAACCAACAAAUGAAAACCAGCAACGUUUAUUUUCUUGUUUAUUUUGGAGCGUUCUGCGCACCACCACCACCACUGCAACCACCAUUACCACCCACCAAUUCACCACCCACAAGCGCCGCACCACCACUAACCCAAUCGUAUCCCCAAACCAAACCAAAUCAGUCUACAACAUUAUCAUGACCAAUCAAAAUCAACUCAAUCAGACAGUCAGCCAGUCAAUCAACCAGUCAAUCAGUCAACCACUUCUUUGCUCAGUUCGAUAACUAUUUCGAAAUCGAUUCAAUCACUGAAAACGCUCAUCACCGUAGUGAAAUGAAGGAAAAAAGUAACAAACCACAAAUACCAGAAAAACCACAACGGCAACCAAUCCUAAGCUAAGUCUAUAUAUUUAAGUUGAAAGUUGUUCUUAUUAAUUUUUGCUAUUAUUGUUAAAACUUACCUACAAUUGUUCUUAUUUGUGCAAUAUUUAUAUAAUACGAUUAAAAUACAAAAUCAAAUGAAAAACAGAACAUAAUUAUAACACAAAACGAAAGAGAUCUAUAAGCAAACUAAAGCUAAAUGUGGAAACGAAAAAAUCCAGAGAGUAAAUUUGAAAGUACAGUCGUAAAUGCUAGUGUGCCUUGAAAUAUGCAUUAACAUCCAAAAAGAAAACAAAUCGAAAAACGUAAGGGGAAGGUAUAAGGAAAACGAUGUUGGUGUUUUAUUCGAACCUAUUAUUUUAUGAGUAUCAUAAAGAAAAAAAACAACAUGAAUAAGUCAAAUCCAGAGAUCGAUACAAUUCGAAAGUACAUAAAUGCAAUAGACCGUCUUAGAACAGCAGAAAGCAGAAGUCCACAGUUACAACUUUGAAAUAGUAGCUUAACAAACAACAACAGCCAAAAUCACAACAAGCAUAAGAACACAGAUCCCCCUUCGUCCACCCCACAAAAACCAACCAAGUCAACCAAUCAAUCAGUCAAUCAGCCAAUCAGUCAACCAACCAACCAAUCAACCUACCAAUCCAACAACAAACGACAUUUAUUUCGACUUCUUCGCCUUACGUCAGUUUGGGAGUUUCAGAGCCCCCAGAAUCGAAGCACUAUAUCUCUAUGGUCUAUCUAUCGCAGACACCAACUCACAACCCCCAGCAUACACACACAGAUACACUCACACACCCACAUGAGACACACAUGAGAUACACCUGAGUAACACACCUCAGCUGAGACAACACACCUCUCGCAUACAUUCACACAUUCGUACUAAAUAUCAGUAUCAGUAUCACUUGCGCGUGCUCACUGAGUUAUGUUUAAUGUAUGAGUUUUAUAUGAUAUGAUAUGAUAUGAUAUCUAAACGUAGUUGAGGAAGGAAGAAGAAAUAAACACAAAUAUAUAUACUUAUAUUUGUACUGGAUCUGUGAUAUGUAUUUAAAAACAACAAAGAAAAAAAAAAUGAAAACAAACAACAAAACAAAGCAAAAAUAUAUUUAUUAAAAAGGAAGUCAAACGAUACUUGAAAUUAAUUAUGAAAUAAUUAAUUUUUUAAUGAGACAACUAAGAGAAAAGAAAAGCUUUACUUGAAAAGCCAAGAAAUCUCCCCCCAAAAUCAAGUUCUCAAUUCAUCGAUCGAUGCAUGGACAGUCCGCGACUCCAGACUCCAGACACCACAAACCAGACUCCAUAGUCCAGAGUCCCAGAGUCCAGGGUCCCCAAUCCCCAUAUGCAUACGUAUUCACCGCAAAAAGGUUUUUGCCAGUUCCAAACACUCCGUUUGUCAGAAAUGUCCGAUUUGCAAUCCAAUAGUUAGAACCCUACUCCCCCCGCGUGGCUGAGGGGGCGUGACGAAGGGAAGAUGGAAAGAUGGGAUGUUGGGGAAAUGGAGAUACUCGGGGAUCGAACCGAUCGGAUGUGAGAUCAGAUCCGAUCCCAUCGGUUCAAAGGACCCGCGUCCCGCUUUCGACGUGUUUAUGCUUGUUUGGAUUUUAUUGUUUAAAUGCGUUUGUUAUUUGCUGUACAAAUUGAAGCUUCACGCAACCCGCUACAACCAUUAGGUUGCAAGCUGCUGGUGGCAAGUUGCACCAUUUAGGCAGAGUCCUGCGGCCGCAUGAUUGCUUUGUGCUUUCCAUCGAUAAACCACUGUUACUGCCACUGGCACCCACGAAAACCCACUUAUCAGGCACAUUCGUCAUGCAACUCAUCCUCUAUCGAGCACCAACACCCCCCACCUCCCGAGCACCAACUUAUCCAACUAUCCAACAAUCCAUAUAUCCAACUAUCCUAGAAACCAACUAUCCACUGCAAUCAUACGAAACUAGGAAACUUUGGAAAGACGUGCGCAUUCAGUUCGAUUCACCCAGUUCACACACACGAGUUUUAGAAGCUUAGGAGUUUUAUUCACUUAUUGAAAGGCAUCUAUAACAAUAACGAUGGAGAGGGAUGGAAAGGAUAGGUGGUAGGGAAAAGAGAAAGUAAUACAGCUGUUAUGUCAACGACGGAGUCUAUUAGUGUUAAAGUAGUAAGCAUAAAAGCGACUUUUAUUAACUAUAUACAUACAGUACAUAAAUAUCUAAAGUAAUUCAAAUUCGACUUUGAACAUUUAAAAUGAAGGAGAAAACCGAAAAUACCAACAAGAAAUAUAGCGAAGUGGCAAAUGAGUUUUGCACCUCGAAAUGAAAUCCGUAUGUUGCUAAAAAUACAAAUAUGUAAAGAGGAGUUCAAUUUAUCAAUCAAAUCUCGUAUAGUACAUACAAAUAUUGCAUACAUACAUAACUACAUACUUAAAGCGAAAAGAAGCGAAAUGUUGCGAAAAGAAAGAAGGAGCGAUGAGAGUAACUUUAAUUAUAAUUUGUUAUGCUUUGCCACCCACACUGUUAUUAGAACAAUUAAACAUUACGAUGCAUUAUGCAUUAUAUACAUAUAAAUGUACACACCCCAUAUGCAUAUGAUAUACCUGUACGUAUACCCACACACACAUUGAAGAAGCGAACAUGCGAUUUGCGAUUUGCGAUUUGCUAAUGGCUAUUUGCUACCCCGCUGGUAUUGGUAUUGAUAGGUCGGAGAACUAACUGAAUCAUUAUAUAACCUCAUAUAGCAUUGUAUGUAUAAAAUUCUAUCGGAUCGGCCGAAUCAACGCGGCGACGUUCUGCGGAGACGUUCAUUCAGCAACCACAACCGAAGCAUACAACAUUAGUAAAAUAUUAAAUACUAUAUAUAUAUAUAUACACGUACACUAAAAGUAUAAAACGUAGUCGUUAGUGUGAUAAAUAAAAUUAAUAUUAAUUAAUUCAAGCAAAUAAAAGUGGUUUAACGAUUCAAACAAAAGAACCCAGUACCCAAAAAAAACGAGGGACGUGCAGGGCCUCAAUUUCGAAUGAAAAUGAAAACUGCAGCUCGGCACGGACCCCAAAAAAACUAUUUAUUUAUCUGCGUUUCCAUUUGGCACAAUUCAUUUAGCACACAUGGGUCUGCAUCAAAAAUAUGUAAAGUAGCCGAAGAAAAGAUUUUAAACUCCCCAAAAGUAUCGAUGAGAUGAAAAAGGAAGCCCAAUGCACGAGAUAUUGCUGUGCAGUAUGGGAUGUCGUUAAAUGAUCCUAGCCAUAAGUCAUAAUUCAUGAAACUACAUCACAGUCAUAGUGAAAACAUAUUUCAAUGAAAUCUUAUUCAGUGUACAAACUAGUUAACGGCAAAUGAAUAAAUGAAUAUUAACUUUCGGAUCGUAACAAGUAAAAAGUCGAAUUUUCGAGUCUUCUUCACUUAAAAAACACUUUCGCAACCCAAAACCUAGGAAGUUGCAUACGUGAGUACCUUAGAAAACAGAAACAAAAGUUACAUAGAAAUUACGGCCUUCACGAUAUCUGGCCAAUAUCACAAAAACAGCAACAGGUCCCGGUCCCCCAAAAGUCCAACAUUUCGCUCAACUCGUAGUAAAUCUCAUUUUAUACAAGCGAUAUGAUUCGAUUCGAUAGCAUUACUUUGCGAUCCUCUGAAAGUUUCCUCGGAGACCUAGGACAUCCAUUUGGAGCAGGGGAUAUAUCCAUAUAUCUGCCGAUCUAGAAACACUAGCGCACUCUUCUCACUCGACGUCAGAUUCCGUUGCACACUAUAGGAAUUACGAACAGCAGCCACACUUUUCGAUCUCUCAAUAGGUUUAUAGAGAAGAAUUAAUUAUAAUGAUAUUGACACGGAUCGGAUCGAUGGUCAUUCGAAAGCGCGGAACAUUAGCAAACAAACAAAAAAACAAAAAAGCAAACAUCAUGGAAACUCAUUCAAAAGUAAAAGUACUAAAUCUUUUAUGAUUUGACUGUGAUAAUAAUAAUGACAAAAUGAGAAAUGAAGUCGGAAGGUGUAAACAAAUUAACGUAUAUAGAGUAUUUAAAUGUAUGUAAAUACAAUGCAAAUGUAAUAUUAACCUAGGUGCGAAAUGAAAUAAUGAUGGCUCCAAACAAAAAACACAAAAAAAAAAAACGGAAAUAAGGCAAACAGCAAUGCGGCAAUUCGGUUGGUGGAGAAAGUAGAGAAUGUUGAUUAAAUAGCCGCAAUGAAAACGAAUGAUGAAAUUUCGUCGCGCAGAGAAACAAGUUUUACUUAUACAUAUUAGCAAAAUAUUUAAAUAAAAUUUUAGCAAACAAAAAUCCCUUUCUGAGUGCAAACGAACCCGAAAUAAAGGAAACUAACUGAAGGUCCUAAUUGAAGUAAACAAAAUAAAUGCGAAAUGAAAUCAACGAUAUUUAGUUUAGUUAUGCUCUAUUUACAAAGUAUAAUCAAUUGAAGUUUUUUAAAAAUCAAGUAGCAAAGCAAACGAUUUUAUAGAUUUAUUCAUUUAGCAUUUGAAAAUCGCUAUGGUAAAAGAUCACACAUAACCACGGUAUAAAAUAGGUUUUUCUUAAUUUCGCUCAAUUUCAUUUAACGAGGUAUAGAUUUGAAAACAAAAAAAGAAAAGAAAAAGACGAAAAACCAAAAACCAAAAAGUACGUCAAGUAACAGCAAAAUAGUCUAGUGAAAUCUUUAAACAAUUAAAUCAAAAGGUAUCCCUACAAGAAGAUUCUUUAAAGUAGCUCAUUCAAGUUUUAAUAAAUCGAGAAAAACAUAAUUUUUGCAAUUAAACAAAACGAUAAGAAAUUCUGUACAAUUGCGAACGAAAAGUAUGCAAACAGUUACUCCUCUCUACAUACAUAUAUAUGCAUAGCUAUAUAACCCCAAGUGAAUCAUACUCGAACAAAUAAUGAAAAUGGAAAUGAAUAAGAAAAUGAAUAAGAACAUGAAAUUGAAAAUGAAAAUGAACAAGAUUAUAAUGCAGAUUGCGACUAAAACUUUACGGUAAUGGCGCGCUAAACGGCCAACAAUAAAAUGAAAGCUAAGCUAGGUAGGCGAUGGAUCGGUACCGAUGUUGGGUACAGUGCGGAACAAGCAUGUAUAUCGAAUGUAAUGGUUAUGUUAUGUAAUGCGGCGGCGCAUCUGUAUGUAUGUAAUAGUAUUUAUAGAAAAUUUGUUGAAUACAUAUAUACACACGCAGAAACACACAACCACAGAGAAACACUCCAACCAGGAAAGCCAAUAAGUGCAUACUACAUACACAGAAACAUUAUAACGAUCCGCAUCCAGGAUGGAAAAUUAGAAAUGCAAAGUUAGGACGGUACAUAAAUGAAUUACGUGAAUUACACACUACACAUUUAAGAACGAUUAUAUAAAAAUGACAAAACUAAUAAAAAUUAUAUUAUAAUUCAA